UCUCCUUUUUCAAUUGCAAACCUAUAGCAUGUCUACCCGCAAUUUCUGUGUUAUGGCGACGAUCCCCGUGUCCAGUCUGUGUAUAUAAGGCGGCGGCGCGAAGGCAAUCAUGCAGCUCCAGAUUGCGACAGUGGUCGCCGCUAUCCUGGCACCUCACGUAUCAGCCCAGACACUUUACUCCGUGUCCUACGACUCGUCACACGACGUGGCUAGCACUCCCACCGACUCCGUGUUGUGCAGCGCCCAGCUCAACUCCGAGGGCUACGCGAACUACGGCUCCAUCCCGACCUUCCCGUCUAUCGGUGGUUUCUCGAACAUUACUGCGAACCCCGCGUAUUGCGGUCAAUGCGUCGUCCUCGAAUACGCGGGCAACGGGCGUGAAACUCAUCAACUCGGCGGAGGGUUCGGAGUUGGUGCUCUCGGAGGAGGCGAUUAACGCGCUGACGACCAAUGUCACGAUUCAUCCGCGCGUCAAUGCGCGU